AUGCGUGGAUCUCCCCGAUAUGGGACAGCCAUGGGAUUUAUAGUGCUGCUGAACGCGCUGCUGCUUACGACGCAGGCUGCAGAAAGAGUCUUAACGGACCAUCUUCUGGUUCAGUUGCAUGAGGACGCACAGGAUGAGGGGCACCAACUUGCAACACAACAUGGGUUCCAGAGUGCCCGAAAGCUUCCCUUUGGAGAGGGGCUCUUUCACUUCUAUCCUCAGGACACUUCUAAGAGGCGGAGCAAACGCAGUGCCCGCAGCAGACAGUGGCUCCAAAAAGACCGCAGGGUGAAGAAUGUCUUUGAGCAGGAGGGUUUUGACCGUCAGAAGCGGGGCUACAGAAAUAUUAAUGAUAUCGAAGUCAACAUGAGUGACCCUCUAUUUACCAAACAGUGGUAUCUGAUAAACACAGGCCAGGCAGAUGGGACCCCUGGGUUGGAUCUUAACGUGGCUGAAGCUUGGCAACUGGGCUACACGGGAAAAGGAGUCACCAUUGCAAUCAUGGAUGAUGGCAUCGACUAUCUCCAUCCAGACCUGGCAUCAAAUUAUAAUGCCGAUGCCAGCUAUGACUUCAGCAGCAAUGACCCAUACCCAUUUCCACGCUACACAGAUGACUGGUUCAACAGUCAUGGCACACGAUGUGCUGGGGAGGUGUCUGCAGCAGCCAACAACAACAUUUGCGGUGUGGGAGUCGCCUACAACUCCAAGGUGGCAGGUAUCAGGAUGCUAGACCAGCCCUUUAUGACUGACAUCAUUGAGGCAUCAUCCAUCAGCCACAUGCCGCAGGUUAUUGAUAUCUACAGUGCCAGCUGGGGACCAACUGAUGACGGCAAGACGGUGGACGGACCCCGAGAGCUCACCCUUCAGGCUAUGGCUGAUGGUGUCAACAAGGGGCGAGGAGGAAAAGGCAGCAUAUAUGUGUGGGCAUCAGGAGAUGGUGGAAGCUAUGACGACUGUAACUGCGAUGGUUAUGCCUCGAGUAUGUGGACAAUCUCCAUCAAUUCAGCCAUCAAUGACGGACGCACUGCCCUAUAUGAUGAGAGCUGUUCCUCCACACUUGCAUCCACAUUCAGCAACGGACGCAAGAGGAACCCAGAGGCUGGCGUUGCCACCACAGACCUGUAUGGAAACUGCACACUGCGUCACUCUGGAACAUCAGCAGCAGCUCCAGAGGCAGCGGGCGUCUUUGCUCUGGCUCUUGAGGCUAACCCUAACCUGACAUGGAGAGAUAUGCAGCACCUAUCAGUCCUGACCUCCAAGAGGAACCAGCUCCAUGAUGAGGUCCACCAGUGGAGGAGGAAUGGUGUGGGUCUCGAGUUCAACCACCUGUUUGGCUACGGUGUGCUGGAUGCUGGGGGCAUGGUGAAAAUGGCCAAAGAAUGGAAGACAGUGCCUGAGCGUUUCCACUGUGUGGCUGGAUCCAUCCAGGAGAACCAUAAGAUCCAGUCUGGAAACAAGGUAGUGCUGGCCAUCACCACUGAAGCCUGCCAGGGGAAGGACAACUUUGUCCGCUACCUGGAGCAUGUUCAGGCGGUGGUCACUGUCAAUGCCAGCCGCCGUGGUGACCUCAACAUCAACAUGACCUCGCCCAUGGGCACAAAAUCUAUCCUGCUGAGCCGAAGGCCCCGUGACGACGACUCCAAGGUGGGCUUUGACAAGUGGCCCUUCAUGACCACCCAUACUUGGGGCGAGGACCCCCGCGGGACCUGGGUCCUGGAGGUGGGUUUUCAAGGUGAGGAGCCACAGCGCGGAGUCCUGAAGGAGUGGACUCUCAUGCUGCAUGGAACACAAAGUGCCCCUUAUAUAGACCAGAUAGUGCGUGAUUAUCAGUCCAAACUUGCCAUGUCAAAAAAGGAGGAGCUGGAGGAGGAGCUGGAUGAAGCCGUAGAGAGAAGUUUGAAGAGCUUGCUGAGUAAAAACAACUAA